AAAGAGGAAAGAUUCGUUUACUUUACAACAGUAGAUCUUACAGUAAGUGUUUGAGAAAUCUGUAUUAGUCUAAACGUAAGCAUUUGUGUCGAUGAAUUACUAAUCUAACAAAGAUGAACAAGAACGGUGUAAUAACGCUUUGUACGAUACUACUAUCGUCCAAUCUCGCAUAUAGUGAAUCUAGUCCAAAAUGGUGGCAGUCAAUGUCUCUUUAUCAAGUUUAUCCCAGAAGCUUCAAGGAUAGUGAUGGUGAUGGUGUCGGGGAUCUUAAGGGUAUUAUAAGCAAAUUGGAACAUCUUGCCGAGUCAAAUGUCGAUGCUUUCUGGUUAUCUCCGAUUUAUCCGAGCCCGAUGGUCGAUUUUGGCUAUGAUAUUUCCGAUUUUCGCAACAUCGACAAGAGGUUUGGUACUAUGAAGGAUUUCGAGACGCUCUCAAAGGCCGCGCAUGAUGCGUCGAUGAAAAUUAUCAUGGAUCUUGUUCCCAAUCACUCGUCGGACAAACACGAAUGGUUCCAAAAAAGUUUGCAAAGCAUAGAACCUUACACCGAUUAUUACAUAUGGCAUAAAGGCAAGGUGCUGCCUAAUGGAACAAUUACGGUGCCGAAUAAUUGGGUGAGCGUGUUCGGUGGAUUAGCAUGGACCUGGCGUGACGAACGACAAGCAUAUUAUCUCCAUCAAUUUGCACCGGAGCAGCCCGAUCUUAACUAUGAAAACGAGAACAUAGUGAACGAAAUGAAGGAUAUCAUGAGAUUUUGGCUCGAUAAGGGGGUGGACGGCUUUCGGGUGGACGCGAUACCAUUUUUGUGCGAAGACGUCAGAUUAUUGGACGAACCACUUACGGGUAAUCCAAAUCCUAAAGACCCCGGCUACACGUAUAAAACAUACACUCAGCAUCAGCCGCGCACCUACGAAAUAGUCAGAGGAUGGCGAGAAGUGAUGGAUGAAUAUACGGAAAGAGUUAUGAUGAUGGAGGCUUAUGCAAACAUGACGAUGACGAUGAAGUAUUAUGUGUACGGCGCACAUUUUCCCUUUAAUUUUGGUUUUAUUACCGAUACGAAUAAAGAUUCCAAAGCAACUGAUUUCAAGAGAUUGAUCGAUGGAUGGAUGGUAAACAUGCCUGUUUUGAGAGGAACUGCUAACUGGGUGGUUGGAAAUCAUGACAAAUCGCGAUUGGUCACGCGUUAUGGACGGCAACGAGCGGAAGCUUUAACUAUGAUAACUCUAUUGCUUCCGGGAGUGGGUGUAACUUAUAAUGGCGAAGAAAUCGGCAUGGAGGACACGUGGAUCUCAUGGGAAGACACCAAAGAUCCACAAGGUUGCAAUGCCGGCAGAGAUGGUUUCGAGAAAGCAUCUCGGGAUCCCGCAAGGACACCGUUCCAAUGGGACGACACCACUUCGGCUGGAUUUUCUACAAAUCCAAAAACGUGGCUACCAAUUAACAAAAACUACGUGACACUUAAUUUAGCUGCGCAAAAGAAACAGAACAACUCCUACUACGCUCUAUAUAAAGCGGUUUCUGCUCUACGAAAAUGGCCUGCUGUUAAACGUGGAACCUUAACCACGAAAUUAUUGAACGACGAUGUUCUCGCUUUUACCAGGAAAGCUAAUGGGCAGCAAUCGGUUUACGUAGUGGUAAACUUUGCAGAUAAAGAGAAAAGUGUUGAUUUAUCAACGCUUGUUCACGUAUCAAAUCAAUUAAACGUUUAUUAUGCCACUACGAAUGCUCAUCAUCUUAUUGGGAAUAUUAUCAAAGAUGUUCGUGCCUUAAAAAUUCCUGCAUCAGGAGCUGUGAUAUAUACUAGUACUACGUAAAACUAUGUAAAAAAUCAUAGAAAUGAAUAUUCGAACGAGGCGUUAUUUUUCUCAAUGUAAUUUCUAUAGUACUUCAGAUAAAAAGACGGAAUUACCCUUUAUGGUCAUUUUUUACAUCCGUGUAACGCUACUGUUUUAUUUAUCUUAUUAAGUUCUUAUUAAGAUGCUCUAUAUUUAUCUUAUUAAUUGGAUUCAUCUGCGAGAAAAAUAAUGUUACGCUUAUAGAUAUAACAGCAUAGAUAAUGCCUCAAAUAACAAUAAAUUAUUAAAGGAGGAAUAAUUACGUUAGAAAAACAAGACAUGCUAACGUUAAAUGUUUCAAAUAUAAA